AUGGUUAGUUUGGCCGAGAAACGCACAAAAAUUCGUUAUACCGUUAAUCAAAAAACAGAAUGGACCGAUGAUUCAUCGAAAUUUGGUCAACGUAUGUUAGAGAAGAUGGGUUGGAAACAAGGUGUCGGUUUAGGUAAAGAUGAAAGUGGUCGUGUAGAACAUAUAUCAUUAGCAUUUAAAGAUAAUUUAAAAGGUGUUGGAUAUAUGUCGAAUAAAUACGAUGAUACAUGGGUGCAUCAUCAAGAUGGUUUUGAUAAUGUUUUACAACAAUUACAGCAACAGUAUUCAACGGCAACAACAACGUUUCUCUCUACAAAAUGUAAUAAUACGUCUAAUUUGGUUGAAAAAUUAGAAGCAACAAAAACAAGAUUUCGUUAUAAAAAACAAUCUGGUGGUAAAGAUUUAAGUACGCGUAGUUCAUCUGAUCUGGACUGUAUAUUUGGUUGGAACAAAAUGAAACAAAUUAAACAGAAUGAUGAGACCACAGCUACGACUAUUGUAGAUGACGAAAACAAAAAUUAUGUGACAAGUAAACAAAGUAUUCAAGAUUAUUUUAAAGAAAAGUCAAAACAAGUAUUACUAGCAAAGCAACAGAAACAACAACAACAAUCAGUUGAUGAGAAGCAACAUGGUGAUGAUUUCGAUAAGCAAAAACAAAAUGACGAGGGAGAAAUAAUUGAUAUUGAGAUAAAACAAAAACGAAAAAAACAUAAGAAAUAUCACAAUGACGAACCAGAUCAAGCAAUGCAGUCUAUCGAAAAUGAAUUAAAUUAUAUUCAAGAUGAAAAACAAGAAAAUAAGAAGAAACAUAAAACUAAUGAAUCGAUGAUGGAGGAAUCUACUGAAGAUAUUCAACAGAUACUGGAAACGAUUAUCAAAGAUGACAUUAAAAUGGAGAAAAAAAAGAAAAAGAAGAAAAGACAGCAUUCAGAUACACUUGAAGUUGAACAAUUAAUUAAUGAAUCAUCUUCGGUCAAUGAAAUACAAACAACAGUGAUAUCUUUCGCCUUAAAUAAUGACAAAGAAUUGUCAACAUUAUUUCCUACCUCAAAUAUAUCUGAAAUACAUGGUUACGAAGGUUAUGAUAUUGACAAAUCGUUGAAUGAAAUAAUUCAAUUAAAAGCAAAGCAAAAACGGCAUAAAGAAAAAUUAGAGCAUGAAUUGACGCCUAAUUUAAAUGUUUAG